AUGCAAAGAUUACUAAAUUUAGAAGUGGAAGGUGAACUCCACGGCAAUGGUCCGAUCCCAUUGCCUUCCAAUGAGGAGACUCCGGAUGAGUUUGAUCAGCAUCCCAGCAUCAUUCCGAAACACGAAAGUCUGCUUGUUCAUGUCCCUUCGUCACCAUCAGCAUCGGGUCACAAAUCCGAAUCUUCCCCUGAACCGGUAUCUCAAGCGUUCCGAUACAUUGGCUCUCAUCCACUCAUCAUCCUUUUCUCGGUCACUCUGCUGGCACUCUGUGUUCUGUUGAUCGUUCAAGUCACGCUCGAGUGCAAACGCCGCCGUCGUCGGGCCUCUCAUUUCCAGUAUAAUCAAUUCGACGAACUACCUACUUAUGUGGAGGCUACUACUAUCAAGGUGCCAGCUGAUAGCGAUUCAAAUGGAGGAGUCGCUGCUGAUUCGAAUAAGGUCUAA